GUGUUGAUUUCUCAUUUCUACUUAUUCAUAUUACAACGAUAGAAAAUGAAAAGAACAUCGAAAAGAAAAAAAUCAGAAGGGUAACACCGAAAUUAAACGAGUAUUUGGGGUUUGCUUUUUAGUGCUUUCCGCUUCCUCACGCAUUGUCAUAUCAUAUUCUUCUUACGCCGAUGACAAUUUCGUUACCGACGCUAUUAAAGUAGCUCCGACCAAAAUCUUAAAAGAAAAAAAAAAAGGGAUUGUAUUGAAGCUUCUACAAUUGUUAUUUCCGAUCUCUAUUUGCAAACCCUAGAACUCUUGAUUCUUGAUUUGUCUCACUAUUCAGAGCUAAUUCAAUUCAUUGAAAUAAUCUCUGAUCAGUGAGCUGAGAAGGGAGGUUGAAGUUCGAGUGAGAAAUUUAUGGUGAUUUUGUCAAGUCUCUUUUUGGAAAAGGUGGUUUCACGAGAGUGAUGGGUGGAACCUUUGAUUGGUUUGUGAAGUCUCAAUGCUGAGCUGAUCUUGGUGACGAAGGAUGAAUAUCGUCAAAGGUGUUGCUGAUCUUAUUAGAAGAACUUCUGCUGGGCACACUGGCGAGUCUUCAACUUUCCAAGCUCAAAAGUGCUCUCCUCCUGGGCCCAGGAUUCGCUUUAGUGAUUCUGGUGAUGAGGCAAUUGUAAAUACACUCUGGGAGCGAUAUGAAAAAGCUGAUGAUAAGGUGGAGAAAAGGAGACUGCUUAGUGUUUUCAUCAAGCAAUUUGUAAUUCACUACAAAGAUUGGGAACCUGUGAAUUCUGGCAUAUUAUUAGAGUCUUCUUCUGUUGAGAGUUUAUCAUCUUCUGAUGAUGUGAUUGUUGGCUGCUCGGCUGGACAUCCUGUUGAAGUCAUUCGGGUAUUAACAGAAGAGCUCACACAAUUAAUCUCACUAGUUAAUGAUUUGAACAUCAACUUGGGGCACUCAUCGACAGAUCUUUCUGGGGCUGCUGCUAAAUUGUUUAUUACUUCCGAAGGAUUUUUAAUUUUGGAUGCGCUGAAAAUUAUUGCCCAUUCAUUAUACAAUUGCAGAGUUUUUGGAUACUAUGGCGGAAUUCGAAAACUUACGGCCUUAAUGAAAGGGGCUGUGGUCCAACUUAAAACCAUAAGUCAAACCCUUUCUGGUGAUGCAAAUUGUUCCGUCUCUGCUGUUGAGAAAAUCAAGCUGCUCCAACAAAUAUUAACAUAUGUUGUGUCAAUAAUUUAUAUUUUCAUUGAUUUAGGUUCAAAUGUAGACAAAAAGGAUGAGUUAUUCUGCAGUCUUUUGGGCUUUAUUUCACAUGCCGAGACUCCAAUCAUCUCUUCAAACAGUUCAAAAGUUUUGUCUACUGAAGCAAGGUUACAUUGGCGGCAGAAAGCAAUUGUUUCUGUGAUGGAAGCUGGUGGCCUAAAUUGGUUAGUAGAGCUCUUACGUGUCAUUAGAAGAUUUAGCCUGAAAGAACUAUUGAUGGAUGAUUCACUUCUCUAUUUGUGCUUGAAAAUUCUUUCAUUGGCCUUAUCUGCAAAUCUUCGGGGCCAGAACCAUUUUAGAAGUAUUGGAGGGUUGGAAGUGCUGCUGGAUGGUCUUGGAUUUCCAUCAAAUUAUGCAAAAACUUACCGUAAUCUUGUUUUGGCAGAUGGAUUCAGGGAUGAUAAACCAUUGCAAAAAAUAUUUCAACUUCAUAUUCUUUCUUUGGAAGUUUUGAGGGAGGCAGUCUUUGGCAAUAUGAUCAGCUUGCAAUUUCUUUGUGAAAAUGGUAGGGUGCAUAAAUUUGCUAAUAGUUUUUGUUCACCAGCUUUUCUGCUUCAAGAUUUGGGACAGGAGAAGGAUUCUACUGUAGAGCAUGCUGUUGGUAUGCCUGGUCUUGACAAUCGAGAAAAUAAGAAUUAUGUGAAACCUGAUGCAGCAGUGAUUUCUUCUGGCCUUCCAUCCCAUGCUUCUUUCUCUGAUAUUUGGAAUGAUUAUGUUGUUAUGUUGAGCAGCGGUCUAUGUUCAUUUCUGUUAGCUGCCGAGGGUUCAAAAUCUAUUCAUGUCCAAGUAUCUUCUGGUCGACUUGCAUUGCCUGUUUCCUCUGCAUAUUAUGAAUUGUCAAUCAAAUGGGUCAUGAGGGUUUUAUUUACAAUAUUUCCUUGCAUAAAAACUUGCUCAAGUCAGAGUGACUUGCCUAGCUAUUUAAGGAUCUUUGUUUCAGCUCUACAGAACACUGUUCUGAAUGCAUUUAGAAACCUUCUGUCUUCUUCUCCCACGUCACUUGAAAUUUUUCGCCAAGAGGGAAUAUGGGAUCUUAUGUUUUCAGAAAAUUUCUUUCAUUUCGCGUCAGGUUCAGAUGAAUCUGCUGGACAGAUGUUUGGAUACUCUGAGAAGUCUGAGAUAUUGUCUGCUUCAAGGAGCACUGGUAACACAGCAGAAGUUAACGGGGUUAAUUCUCUACAGAUGGAAGUAAUUUCAUUUGUUGAAUUUGCUGCAACAUGUAGUGGAAACACACAGAACAUGAGGGAAUUGUCUUGUUUGUUGGAUGCACUUGAGCAUUGUGCUUGUAAUCCUGAAAUUGCAUGUGUUCUUGUGAGGAGUUUGGUUCGCAUCUUGCAGCUUUCCCCUGAGAGAACAAUUGCUUCCUUUAAGGCCUUGUGUGCAGUUUCUCGUGUUCUACAAGUUGCCUGUGUUCAAGCGCAUGAGUAUAGAAGUCUUGGAAGCAUGGAUCCCUCCAAUGAGAAAAGUGCCACAGAUGCAUCAGUAUCAUCGCAAGAUCAAUGUAAAAGCAAUUUACAUGUGACUAUACAAAGUUUCUUUAAUUGCAUGAAAGUAUGCAUGGAGUUCUUUGCCAAGUUUCUAGCAGCAGCUAAAGAUACCAAGCUGAUACUACAUAGUUUUACAUGCAUUGAUUGCCUAUUUGAUUUAUUUUGGGUGGAAGGUUUGAGAGAUGAUGUGCUUGGACAUAUACUCAAUCUCAUGAAGAUCAUGCCAUUUUCUGAGGAAGAUAAAAAAGCGAAGUUGCAGUUAUGCUCUAAGUAUUUAGAAAUGUUUACUCAAUUAAAAGAACGGGAGAGUAGUUUUGUUGAUCUAUCUAUUGAUUUGUUAGUAGGAAUGAGAGAUACACUCCAGACUAACCAAGCAUACUAUCAGACUCUAUUUCGGGAUGGGGAGUGCUUUUUGCAUGUUGUAUCAUUACUGAACAGCAACCUUGAUGGGGCAAAUGGGGAGAAAUUGGUUUUGAAUGUACUCCAAACGCUUACUUGUUUGCUUGCAAGUAAUGAUGCCUCGAAGGCAGCAUUUAGAGCUCUGGCUGGAAAGGGCUACCAGACUCUGCAGAGUUUGCUAUUGGAUUUUUGCCAGUCGCAUUCAAGUGAAAGCCUUUUAGAUGCUUUGCUUGAUAUGCUUGUUGAUGGAAAAUUUGAUGACAAAAUGAGUCCUAUGAUAAAGAAUGAAGAUGUAAUAAUAUUAUAUCUGAUUGUACUGCAAAAGAGCAGUGAGUCUUUGAAGCAUCAUGGACUGGAGAUGUUUCAGCAACUGCUAAAAGAUUCCAUUUCUAAUAGAGCUUCUUGUGUCAGAGCAGGAAUGCUUGAUUUUCUUCUUAAUUGGUUUUCUCAAGAAGAUAAUGACAGUGUGAUCUUUCAGAUUGCACAGUUAAUUCAAGCCAUUGGCGGGCACAGCAUAUCGGGGAAGGACAUCCGAAAAAUCUUUGCUUUACUCCGAAGUGAGAAAGUUGGGAUGAGGAGGCUGUACUGCUCUGUUUUGUUAACAAGUCUCUUGGCAAUGCUACACGAAAAGGGGCCAACUGCAUUUUUUGAUUUUGAUGGAGUUGAUUCUGGUAUCAUUUUGAAAACUCCACUGCAGUGGCCUCUGAAUAAGGGUUUUUCUUUUUCCUGUUGGCUCCGGAUUGAGAAUUUCCCUAGAAAUGGAGCAAUGGGUCUUUUCAGUUUUCUUACUGAAAAUGGGAGAGGGUCAUUGGCCGUGCUCGCAAAGGAGAAACUUACUUAUGAGUCAAUAAAUCUGAAGAGACAGCGAGUGGACCUACGUGUUAAUUUAGUCAGGAAGAGAUGGCAUUUUCUUUGCUUAACUCAUAGCAUUGGAAGAGCCUUUUCUGCGGGUAGCUUGGUGAGAUGUUACUUGGAUGGGGAGCUUGUCUCAUCUGAAAAAUGCAGGUAUGCAAAAGUCAGUGAAUCAUUAACAAGUUGCAUGAUUGGUGCUAAAAUCAAGAUGCCUCACUAUGAAGACAAUGUGCUCACGUUUGAAUCCAUCGGAGAUUCGUGCCCUUUUUUUGGUCAAAUUGGCCCUGUUUAUUUAUUUAAUGAUGCCAUUUCUGCUGAACAAGUACAGAGUAUCUACUCUCUUGGACCAAGUUAUAUGUAUUCUUUCCUUGAUAAUGAAGCUUUGCCUCUCCCAGUUUCGGGAGAUAAAGUACCAAGCGGGAUUCUUGAUGCCAAAGAUGGUCUGGUAUCAAGAAUUAUCUUUGGACUCAACGCUCAGGCAAGUGUUGGAAGAAUGCUGUUUAACGUUUCACCAAUAACAAGUCAUCAUCAAUUGGAUAAGAAUUCUUUUGAAGCAGCUGUAGUCGGUGGUACACAGUUAUGUUCAAGACGCUUACUACAACAGAUAAUAUACUGUGUUGGUGGGGUAUCUGUGCUUUUCCCUCUUAUUGCUCAGUGUUCUAAAUUUGAAAAAAAAGAUGGAGAAUCUGCAAAUGGUGUACCGCUAACACAGACCAUGAGGGAGUGGGUGACAACUGAAGUUAUUGAGCUUAUUGCAUCUCUUUUAGACGAUAAUUUAGCAAAUCAACAACAAAUGCAUAUUGUGGCUGGAUUUUCUGUGCUGGGAUUCUUGUUACAAUCAGUUCCUCCUCAACAACUAAAUUUGGAAACCCUUUCUGCGUUGAGGCAUCUUUUUAAUGUUGUUUCCAAUUCUGGACUGGCGGAGCUGCUUGUGAAAGAGGCCGUAUGUAACAUAUUUCUUAAUCCUCAUAUUUGGGUUUGUACUGUUUACAAGGUCCAACGUGAGCUGUACAUGUUUCUGAUCCAGCAAUUUGACAAUGAUCCUCGUUUACUGAAGAGUCUAUGCCGGCUUCCGCGAGUCCUUGAUAUAAUUCAUCAAUUCUAUUGUGAUAAUGUAAAGUAUGAAUCAUUAGCUGGAAGUAAUCUUCUUCAACUUUCUGUUUCUGAACAAGUUACCAAGGAAAGCCAAGGAGUCCCUAGCAAAGAAGAAAUGCACAAGAUCCGUCUUCUUUUGUUAAGUCUUGGUGAAAUGAGUCUCAGACAGAACAUUGCUGCUGGAGACAUAAAAGCUCUCAUAGCAUUUUUUGAAAAAAGUCAGGAUAUGGCCUGUAUUGAAGAUGUCUUGCACAUGAUUAUUCGUGCUGUUUCCCAGAUAUCAUUACUGUCUUCUUUCCUUGAACAAGUUAAUAUAAUUGGUGGUUGUCAGGUUUUUGUCAAUCUUCUCCAGCG